AUGAAAAAAGAAGAAGAAGAAUUAUUUUCAGCUGAGAGAAGAGCUGCUUCAAAAACAAAUGAAGGUGAUAUUGGUACAACUGUAAAUGGAGCAGAUCAAGAAAUGAAACCAAAGAAUGUUGUCAUUUCGGGUGUGAAAUAUCCACAGUCUGACAAUCCUCCAUUAAAGUUUGAGGUGUUGGCAACCAGCGGAAUGGCACGUGCUGCCAAUCUUACACUGCCACAUCAUGUCUGUUCGACACCGAUGUUUAUGCCGGUCGGAACACAAGGUACUGUGAAAGGUCUGACAUCGCAGCAGUUGGUCGAUCUCAACGCCGGUGUCGUCCUCGGAAACACCUAUCACUUGGGUCACAGACCCGGUCCCGACGUCAUGCAAAAAGUCGGUGGACUCCACACAUUCAUGAACUAUCCACGUGCCAUGCUUACGGACUCUGGUGGUUUCCAGAUGGUUUCGCUGUUGUCUCUGGCGGAGAUCACAGAGGAGGGUGUCAAGUUCCAGUCGCCACACGACGGAUCCACUAUGAUUUUGACACCGGAGCUGUCGAUGCAGAUACAAAAUUCAAUUGGUGCCGACAUUAUGAUGGCGUUGGACGACGUCGUUUCUUCUACGACAACAGGUCCGCGUGUUGAGGAAGCAAUGUACAGAACACUUCGUUGGAUCGACCGUUGUAUCGCUGCACACAAGCGAACCGACGAACAAGUUAUCUUUGCUAUUGUACAGGGUGGAUUGGAUGCUGAACUCAGAAAAACUUGUAUUGAAGGACUGGUCGCACGUGACUUCCCUGGCUAUGCAAUUGGUGGACUUUCAGGUGGUGAGUCGAAAGACUCGUUUUGGCGUAUGGUAGCGUUGUCCACUGCCGGACUGCCACCCAAUAAACCACGUUAUCUCAUGGGUGUUGGAUACGCAUUGGAUUUGGUGGUUUGCACGGCACUCGGUGUCGACAUGUUCGAUUGUGUAUUCCCAUCGAGAACCGCUCGUUUCGGAACGGCGUUGGUGAGCACCGGUUCACUCAACUUAAAGUCUGCCGAGUAUAUCAAUGAUUUUGGACCGAUCGAUAGCGAGUGUGAAUGUAUGGUAUGCAAGAACUACACAAGAGCAUACCUGCACAUCGUUGCCGGUAAAGAGAGUAUAGGUGGACAACUACUCACCUAUCACAACAUUGCCUACCAAAUGCGUCUGAUGCGUGAACUCAGACAAUCAAUCAUAGACAACAAACUUUCAGAAUAUAUCAAUCGUUUUAUUUCAUUACAAUAUCCCAAGGGUGACUGUCCUCAAUGGGCAAUCGAUGCACUCAACCAUGCAGGAAUACAAGUCAUUCAGAAACAACAAUAA